GUACCUUGGGAUCACGAGGCCACUCACGUAUCCCGUGAGGCAGAACGGGAAGUGCAUGGCCAAGAUGAUUCUCUCCGUCUGGCUUCUUUCGGCCUCCAUCACAUUACCCACCGCUCUUCGGAUGGGCUCAGAACGUAAACGAUGACAAGGUGUGCUUGAUCAGCCAGGACUUUGGCUACACGAUCUACUCCACGGCGGUGGCAUUCUAUAUCCCCAUGUCUGUCAUGCUGUUCAUGUACUACCAGAUUUACAAGGCCGCCAGGAAGAGCGCUGCCAAGCACAAGUUCCCCGGCUUCCCUCGGCCCGAGGAGCCAGACAGCAUCAUCUCCCUGAAUGGCAUGGUGAAGCUCCAGAAGGAGGUGGAGGAGUGUGCCAACCUUUCAAGACUCCUCAAGCACGAAAGGAAAAACAUCUCCAUCUUUAAGAGGGAGCAGAAAGCAGCCACCACCUUGGGCAUCAUUGUUGGGGCCUUCACGGUGUGCUGGCUGCCGUUCUUCCUCCUCUCCACAGCCAGGCCCUUCAUCUGCGGCACUGCCUGCAGCUGCAUCCCACUCUGGGUAGAGAGGACAUUUCUGUGGCUGGGCUAUGCAAACUCUCUCAUUAACCCUUUUAUAUAUGCCUUCUUCAACCGGGACCUGAGGACCACCUACCGCAGCCUGCUUCAGUGCCAGUACCGGAAUAUCAACCGCAAGCUGUCGGCGGCAGGCAUGCACGAGGCCCUGAAGCUCGCCGAGAGGCCCGAGAGACCCGAGUUUGUGCUGUAAGACAAAACUCUGACUACUGUAGGAAAAAAAAGUCAUGAUUCAUGAUCAAAAGUGGAAUAAUGGAGACGAAAUGAACAAGGCAAGACAGAGAUGGAAACAUAACCAUUUGCUGAGCCCACAGAAUGGAGCGUGGCUUGUCCUUUCCUGGGGUAGCUGAAACGUAACAACCAGGGUGAUCUGUUGUACAAAGCAUAUGAUGAGGGAGAUGGUAACCUCUUGUCCUUCUCUGUGGAUCAGUGCUGUGGUGUGCCAAGGAAAACAGUUCUCAGUUUAAGACAGCCAGAUCAGCUCAUCAGUAAGCACACAGACAGAGCUGAGUCCCAGAAAGGAAAUGGUUUCUGGUGCUUUGUGUACAUCCAAGCCCCUACAAAUUGAAGAAGGUUCCAAUGCAAACUUCCCAUGCUUCCAAGUCUAGGCAUUGUGGUGAAUAUUCAGGAAUCAUUCAUGAGACAGAAUGUAUUUUGUGGUAGGACAGAAGGGUGUUUUUCCAAGCAAACUGUGAUAAGCCUAGUGUUGAAUAUGUUGCAUGUCCGUGUUAGAAAACAGAAUCCCAUCAUCAGCUAAUACAAAUGAUGUCCCAGAGCAGUGUCUGGUUAAAGCUUCUGUCAACUAGUUUUGCUUUUUUGCAGGGUCCCUAUGACUUCCACACCAAUGUACUUUUCUUUGUUUAACUCAUUUAUUGUUAUGGUAUAACUCAGGAACAGAUCUCAGGAUGGAGAGAAUCAGAAAACCUGAAUAAAGCUUUUCCUCACACUUCUUCUGAAGGGUCCUGAGGGAUGAAGGGGAUGCCUUCCAUGAGGCUUUGUGCCUGAAUAAAGAAGGAGUGCUACCUAA